AUGAACGACGCUAUCAAGGCCGCCCGGCAGUAUAACUCUCGUGUGCCGUUGCACUGUCUCUCACCUGAGGUGAUCAGCGGCAUCUUCAUUGCUCUAUCCUACAUGGACACGCCUUCGCUCGAUCAACCCGCGGGUUGGUAUUUCCGUGUCAACGGAGUCUGCUCCCUCUGGCGCAACAUCGCCUUCGAUGACGCCGAGCUCUGGGCUAUCAAUGCCGGCUCAUUCCCUUCCGAUACCAUGACGGACCUCAUGAUUGAGCGCGCACGCCGUUGUCAUCUCUGUUUCAAUGGGCAUAUUGAAGACCGCGAGGAAGGCCCUAGCUACGUGCUGACCGAGUACCAGCUUUCGCUGUUUGAAAAGUAUCGCGAUCGUCUGAGAUCCUUCGUAUGCGAUGACUUCCUUGUGUACAAUGAUCAGCCUCUAUGGCCGAAGAUCUUGUACCGCUUGCGGUCCUUUCCGAAGCUCGAGAUGGCCAGGAUAUGGGACGAUUCGGAUUCCGAUAUGUGGCCAACAGAUGAGCUCAUUGACGCGCCGUCUCUGCUCAGCCUAUACAUGAAAGUCGUACUUCUGCCGUUCAACGCACGCUCUCUUGUAUCUCUCCGAGUGGAUAUGGGGCAUUGUGAUUGGAGUUCGAGCCAGAACAUCGGCGAGCCUUACGAGUCCGCGAAGGACGGAUGGAAGUUCCCCACGCAUGAGUUCAUCAUGUUUCUCAAGUGUUCGCCUCGCCUUGAGAGGCUAGUCAUCACCGAUAUGCCUCUGCUACUUUCCGAAGAUCUGCCCUCUGUGACGCGGUUGCACGCCCUGCUCCCGGACCUACGGGUGCUGCACUUGGGCGGAAAGUCCUACGCAAUGGGCGAUCUGCUCGAAAGGCUGCGGAUACCAUCGGAUACUCAAGUCUUCAUCGACACAGACGCCCUCGAUGAUAAGCUCCCUCGGGAGUAUAGUUGGGCUGAUUCAAUCUUGGUGGAUGCAGUGAGCGAGUGGAUCCACUCUCCGAUGUAUGAUAGCCUGCGGCUGGGUUUGACGCCUGAAUAUGACAUCCUUCUCCAAUUAUGGUCGUCACAAUCGAUUCCGAGCAGUCGACCAGGCGGCUUGGACUUACCUACAUCCCUCGGGCUAUCGCCUCCUUCAGCGGGCGCCGCAUUCACGCUCAGAGUUCCCAGUGUGACUCGUGAUAUCCAUGAACUAGACGUUGAAUGCGUGCCUGUGUCGCCGCCUCGCUCACGCAAAUACGACGACGACUAUGAUAUCUCGGAGUUUGAAGCAAAAGUGACCAAGAUGUUCUAUGGACGGGUGGACCGUGUCCUGCGCCCGGGCUUCUCGAGCCUCCGAUACAUCGAUUACACCGAUGUGCCAUACCAAGAGUACAAGGAGACCGGCGACAGCCAUACUGUUCAGCCAAUGCAUAGGAUCAUCCGCGCGUUUUCGGCGAAACACGUUACCGCCAGUUGGUCGAUACUCCGGCGGGUCGCAUGGUGGGGUAGUAUGUUGCAGGACUACCACCUCACACGACAUGUAGAGGAGGUCACGAUCGUGAACUUUCCAUGCGCUGGACUCAUAAACUCGGAACGUUACGACGAGAGGGUUAAUGCGGCAGCCUGGACUGAUCUGUGGUUGUGCCUCUACGCCCGUCAAGUAGCUGGCUGGCCACCUGUUGUACUCAGGCUGGCCGAGUCCACUUCCGACAUGUCCAAUAUGGCCCGCUCUAACGAGCCGGAGUACGAUGAGGAUUCUAUGGCAGGAUCGUAUGAGGAUGCGGUCAGGGGAGUGACGCAGAAGGGUUAUGAGAUGGUGGCGCCGUUCGUCAAAAGUUUUGAGGAUUUGCGUAUUCAUACCUGGUCUUGA